CUACUUCUGUUCCUGAAGACAACGCAUCGACUCUUAACACUCAUACACACACACAUACUCAUACCGAUGUGCAUACGCACACAUGCAUACAUGCACACACACACACAACCAUACACACAAACUGGCUGUGUGUAAACGUCUCACAGCAUUAAACAGUGGUGGUCGUUUGGUGCAUUCCAUUCCAACUUUCCCGAAAUAAAUCAACAAAUCAGCAGUUCUGUGCAUCAAUUUUCUCAGAAUACAUGGACAAAAAUUCGGUGUAGCAGAAUAUUCUGCUGGUUACUCUUCUUUUUUUUUCCUCUCUUCAACUUUUUCUUCGUUCUCUGCUCUCGAUUCAGUGUGUGUUCUUCAAAAGGAAAAUUGAAAUAAAAUUAAGCGAUAAAAAUUUGCCGAACAACAACAACAAUAGCAGUAGCAGCAACAAAAGAAAUCAACGACCCGAUUGAUAGUGUGUUAAAUAAAGAUCUAACUGCGACAGAAAAAAAGAGGUGUUGGAAUUCGUUGACAUAAUAUUAAAUGAGACAAAUCAAGUAGAAUCUAUUCAAGUCAAUCAACAAGUGGAUAAAAAGGCAAACAUAAAAAAAUGGCAUUUUUAUGCCCAGUUCGAAUAGGUCGCAGUAAAAAGAAGAAAUCGGUCAAUGGUGAGAUUGAUAAGGAUUUGACAAGAUCAAACAGUGGCUUAGGAUUGAAUCAUGGGCUCGGUCGCAUCACUGGUUCGGCCAGCAUUGAAACAUUGGUACGUGUUGGCAUUGAAAAAGAGCAUGGAUUAAGUCCCGAUUCUAAGAUGAUUGUCUUACACGAUUUCACACCUUGCGUUGAUGACGAGCUGGAAGUGAAGCGCGGCCAAAUCGUUAACAUUCUCUAUCGUGAAAAUGAUUGGGUUUAUGUCAUUGGCCAAGACACACGCCAAGAAGGAUUCAUACCGUACUCGUAUUGUACACCGUACAACACACAACUGGCCGAUUUGGCCAUUAAGAAAAAAUUACCCCGCAACGAACAAAUGCUCUACUUUGGCAAUGAAAAUCCUAACGAUAAAGGUAAAAAAGGUGAUUCCAAUGCAAAUCCAAACGAUAAUAAUAAUGAUACGAACAACAAUAACGAGGGAAAUAGCAAUAACAAUGAGCAUAACAAUGGAAAUAAAAUGAACAACACGACUUCGGUUGAAAAUUCAGAGCACAACAAUGGAAAUAAGACGAAUAAUCCACCAUCCGCAUCUGAUAUAAUUGACCUGUCAACAGCUGAGAUUCUCGAUGACAACACAAUGUCCGGUUUGAUUGGGCUGCAAAAUUCCAUGCUAAAACAUUCGCAGGCUAGUUUAAGUUCCGAUCAAGACUACAUUCCGUUUGCAAAAGAUAUUUGCGGUCGAUAUAUCGUGCUUUACACAUUCAUUGCCCGCGAUGAAAACGAUGUGUCGGUUGAACGAGGGGAAUUCGUUACGGUUCUAAACCGUGAGGAUCCAGAAUGGUUUUGGAUUGUGCGUAGCGAUGGUCAAGAGGGAUUCAUUCCAUCUGGAUUUGUGUAUCCAGCGGAUAAUAUUUUGCAGAAUAGCACCAAACCAUCGGUACAAAAUGCAUACAAUGCAGCCAUGAAUCAAUUGAAUGAUGCACGUCAAUUGCAAAAUCAAACAUCGGACGCAAUCGUCACCAAUGAGACAACGAAUACGUGCCAAACGCACAAUAUGCAAAUGGGGCCAGCCAUCGGUCAUGUGAACAAUGGCAUGAGUGAUCAAGCAAUGAUCAAUAAUGCAGCCAACAAUAAUUCCAGCAAUACCAAUAACCAAGUGCAAGUUUCACAGCAACAACAGCAACUACAACAGCAACAGCAGCAGCAGCAGCAGCAAUCCAUCAUCGGUGGAUCAGAAGAGUUACGUUAUCAUGGAACUGAAUUAGUUAUGUUGUACGAUUACAAGGCUCAAGCACCUGAUGAUCUGUCAGUGCGACGUGGUGAUUGGAUCUAUGCCGAUUUAAAUAAUCAAACCGUUGAUGGUUGGCUCUGGGCCUAUGCACCGAAAACCCGAAAAUACGGCUUUAUUCCAAAAGCAUAUGCACGCACUCCUGCUAUGACUAGUCUCUAAAUAAUGAGUCUUGUGUGUACAAAACAAAAUCCGAGUCCAACGAAAAAGAACUACAGUGCUAUAAAUAAACGGCAAACUAGUUUAACUUAGACAUAAUCUCUUCAUUUUGCUUUCUCGCCGGAUUUUCUUUUUAAGUCGUUUAGAUGAUGAAGAAGAAGUAGGAAAAAAAAAAUUACCGAUGCAAUUUGGUCCGAAUUUGGAACGAGACUAAAAAAUAACUCGCCAAUAAAACAAUUAUGCCUUUUUGAACGUAGAUUUAUAAAACCAAAAAACAAUUGCUAAUAUUUUCUAUUUUAAUAUCGUAUUUAAAUUAAUUUUUUAUAUAUAAAAGAUUUUUUUUGUUUUUUUUUUUUUGUAUCGAUGGAUUGAGAAGAGCGUGGCUUUUUCCAGUGAAUUUUUCUCUAUUUAGAGCGGUCUGCAUUUAGAUAUUUGACAUAAAGUCAAUCUUAUUAUUAUUAUCGGAAACACAUUAGUUAUCUGUAAUUUAUGGAAUAAUUUUAUUAAAUGUAAACAUUAAUUUUUUUUUAUUUUUGAAAA